GUCUAAGGUCAUUCAAGCACGUUCGCGUCAAAGUGUAAACAUUCGCUCGCGUGUGUGGCAGCCACACUUCUCGCAGUGCGCGCUUUGCGAGCCAAGAACUUUUGGGCCACUCCCACUUUUGCGUGGCCCUCUAUUCCUUCUUUUGUCAAAGAAGUUAGAGUAAUGGGUGAAUGGACUCGUUUCCGGGAACGCUUUCGUAGCUGCGCAACGGCAAUAUGGCGGCGCCCAGUUCAGUUGCCAGUGCUGUUGGAGCUGGUGAUUACACGACUGUGAAACGACUCCUGGAAUCUGGGGCAGACGCAAACAAAAAGUCUCGAGAUGGAAUGACACCAUUAGCCGUGGCUGCGUUUUGGGGCUAUGAUCAUCUAGUGGACCUACUCAUUGAAAAGGGAGCUGACAUCAAUGCCUGUAACAGUGGGACCCUGUGGACUGCCCUACAUUGCGCAGCUUUUCAAGGCCACGGCAAAGUCAUCAUGACCUUGAUGGAUCGCCAGCCAGAUCUGUACAAAGUGGACACACAAGGAAGGUCAGCAGUUGAUUUUGCGUCCGCCCACGACUCUAUUUGGGCCUUUUUUGCAGCUGCUGGUUGCAAACGCACACCAAAGGCAGACCUAGUCAGAAUGGACAUCGUCAAGAAAGUUUCUAAAGAUGACCCAUCUAUACCGUCAAGAGAUGUGUUAGAAUUCUCCAGACCUGGUUCUGCCUAUAUCUUCAAUGACAACAUUAGUCAGGAGCGCCAGGAGGCAAACGUAAUGGCCGCUUCAGCGAUGGGAGAUGUGUUAGCCGGUGUGGAUGAUGACCGGGAACAGGAGCGAUGGAGCAGACGUGCAAAUAACCCAUCUUUGUCAAUAUGGAAUAACUGAUAGAAUUAGAAAUAGAAUGUGUGUACAUUUGUGAGGUGUGCUGACAAAAUGAGUUUCUUCUCGCAAUCCAUGAAUGGGAAUGUUGACCAAAAAUCGACACUAGGGUCAAAUUUGUAGAUUUUCUAUUGAUGUCUUAUUCUUUAAAGUAUAACAUGCCUUUUAUUAUUGGAAGAGUCUAGGGGGACCAGUCCUCGGAGAUUAAAAAGGUGGUCUUUUCUUUCAAAACCUGGGUGAGUUAUUUAUCCGAGAGAGAUCUCGAGAGAGAGAGAUAUAUAUAUAUAUAGAGAGAGAGAGAGCAAAUGAAAGACAGACAGACAAAAA